GAGUGCGUACACAUUUCGCAGCAACAGAGAAGCGGAAAAACCGAAGAGAGAGAAGAGAAGAAAAAACCCUCUUACCGCCAUGGCCGACGAGGAUUAUGAAAUGGACGGAGGGUACGAAGAUGAGCCGAUGGAGCCGGAGCUUGAUGAAGGGGUAGAAGUGGAAGAAGAUAAUGAAAACCCUGAUGAUGUUCCAGACCCGAUUGAAGGGGAUGGUGAGGAGAAGCAGGAGCAAGAGCCCGUCGAACGGCCUCGUAAAACGUCUAAGUAUAUGACCAAGUAUGAGCGGGCCAGGAUUUUGGGCACACGGGCCCUGCAGAUUAGCAUGAAUGCUCCUGUGAUGGUGGAGCUCGAGGGUGAAACGGACCCUUUGGAGAUUGCAAUGAAAGAGCUUCGUGAGCGAAAAAUACCCUUCACAAUUCGUCGUUACCUACCUGAUGGAAGCUACGAAGAUUGGGGAGUCGAUGAAUUGAUUGUGGAAGAUUCGUGGAAAAGGCAGGUUGGGGGUAACUGAAAAUGGCUGUUCCUUGUUGCUCAAGACAUUUUCGAUCUAUUUAGUGAGCGCCGAUUUGUGUACAAAAAUUUGUUAAUCAGAACCUAGUACCUUAAAAAAAAAAACAAGUUAAUGUUUGCCGUCUUGCUCUUUCCUACGUUGUUGUUACUAGGUUUUUGCUUAUGGUCCAAGAAAUCAGUCUCGUCUUUGUGUUCGAACUCGUGAGAGUAAAAACACCACUCGUAUUAUCUUGAACCGUUCUAUUUGCGAUUUUAUAACGUUGUUGGAUUUUAGCAUUGGCGCAGUGACGCGGUCUAUUUUCA